GAUAUUUGAUAACGGAGAACAGAAUAAGCUGCAAAUGCAACAGCAUAGUUCACACCACAAUAGCAUUCCUCGAAUUGGUUCCUCAUGAGAGGGAAAGAGCAACGUGGAGCGGAAGACUCGUUCUUCGCUCCAAAUGCUUCUGCCGCUCACCACAAUUUGGGCUCACCAAACCACCGCAGGCCCACACGUAGAAACCGAGGCCCACACCAAUCGAACUUGAAAUACCGUGUCGUGAACAAGCCUGAAGCGGUUUUUUCCUUCAACUCUCACUCCGUUGAGGAUGUCAACGUGGGCGUAACUGUCGCAUCCCUAAAUCACCAUGGCGAGGACGCGGACGGUGCCUCCGAGCUCAACACCGUUGACGGCACUGAUCGCGUGGCUUAUUCCAGCAAGGUCGGGGAAGGAUGCGGCGAUGAUGAUGAUGAUGAUGAUGAUGAUGAUGAUGAUGAUGAUGAUGAUGAUGAUGGUGAUGGUGAUGGUGAUGGUGAUGGUGAUGGUGAGGGCGAUAUUCAGACCAGACUUGAUAAGCUGCUCUGUAAAAUUGAGGAACCUGAUUUGUCCGAGGAGCAGAUCAGAAUCAAUGAUCAAUUGCAACAAGAUGAGAUACUUGUGGUGGAGUCAAUUUAUGGAGAAAAUGUUUUCGGCCUUGAGAGAUGGAAAGGCUUGCGUUGCUUUCAGAUACAUAUACACAUUGAUGUUUUGGGUGAAAUAGCCAUCACUGCUAAGUUGAACUCUCUUAAUCAACUUGAGACUGUAAGCCGCAGUUCAGAUGAAUUCUUAUACACUUUCAAAGUCCACUAUCUUCCACCGGUUGUUUUGACUUGUUUACUACCUAAGUCGUACCCUAGCCACCAACCACCUAUUUUUACACUCUCUGUUAAGUGGUUGGAACCUGCGAAGAUUCUGAGACUGUGUUCCAAGUUGGAUUCAAUAUGGGCUGAACAACAAGGGCAGGAAGUAAUUUACCCUUGGGUAGAAUGGUUGCAUGGUUCUUCUCUUUCUCAUCUGGGAUUUGAUGAAGAAAUCACACUUGGGCCUUAUGGCAUGAAUGUUGUCCAGGAUGAGCGUGUUGUUUCAGGAGCUGAAUGCAUUGACAUUGAUAUUCCUUUUCUACGAAAUUACAAUGAUAAGAGACACAAUGAGAACUUCCUCAAAGAAUUACAUCAAUGUAACAUUUGCUUUGGUGAAUAUGCAGGUUCCGAGUUUAUCCGGAUACCAUGUAUGCAUUUUUUUUGCCUCAAAUGCUUGCAGACCUUUGCCCAGAUACAUGUAAAGGAAGGAACUGUUAGUAAUCUUCAAUGUCCUGAAGCAAAAUGUACAGUCAUGAUUCCACCUGGCCUUUUAAAACACUUGCUAGAUGACAGAGAUUAUGAGCGCUGGGAAUCCAUGAUGUUGGAAAAAACACUUGCAUCAAUGUCUGAUGUUGUUUAUUGUCCAAGAUGUGAAACCCCCUGUUUAGAGGAUGAAGACCAGCAUGCUCAAUGCCCAAAAUGUUAUUUUAGUUUUUGUACCCUUUGCAGGGAACGACGCCAUGUUGGCAUAGCAUGCAUGAGUCUUGAUAUGAAGCUUCAGAUUUUGCAGGACCGUCAAAAUUCAUCCCAUUUAAAGGAAGAUCAAAAGCGUAGAGAACGUGAAAAGAUUAAUGAAAUGCUCAGUAUGAAAGAAAUUCAUCGUGAUUCCAAGCUAUGCCCCUCUUGUGACAUGGCAAUUUCUCGAACUGAAGGUUGUAACAAGAUGAAAUGUGGUAAUUGUGAACAAUACUUUUGUUACCGCUGCAACAAGGCAAUUGAUCCAUCAGAUCCUUAUGGACAUUUCAGGGAUGGUUCAUGUGAGCUGUUCCCAAGAGAAAUGGUCGAGUCCUGGCAAGAGCGAAUAAAUAAUCGCCAGGUUGUAGGACAAUUACAGGCUGAGCUUUUUCCUCAACGAGGCUUGACAUGUCCUAAUUGUCGUCAAUUUAAUGCAAAGAUUGGAAAUAAUAAUCACUUGUUUUGCUGGGCAUGCCAAAGCCACUACUGCUACUUGUGCAAAGAGAUUGUGAGGCGCGGCACCAAGCAUUAUGGACCCAAGGGCUGCAAACAACAUUCCGAGGGCUAGUAUAAGCAUAAUGCCUUAAGAUUUUAUUUAUUUUUUUGUCUAUUUUUGGCACUGGGAAACACCACAGGUUCAAUAGAGUUUUUCAGACCGGUGAAGCCUCCGUGAUUAAAUGCAAAGGUCGAAACCAUCUCCAGUGAGUUCAAUUCUAUUUUGCAGCAAAAUAAAGUAGAGAUAGGAUGUGUUUCUAUUUCGUACAUUUUUGUUUCUGUAAGAGAAAACGUUUAAAAGGAAUAAAUUAUACAGCAGAAUAAUUUGUCAA